UGGCGCUUCUGUGAGUCAUGAAAACCAUGGAGGACAAGAAAGAUGGGAAAAACCCGUUGAAGUUUGUGACAAAGGAGCUUCAAAACACACAAGAAGAGGAAGAAGAAAUGGAGCUUCUUCAGCAGAGAAUCUCAAGCCAUCCUCUGUAUGGGCUUCUCCUCGAAGCUCACUUCAACUGUUUAAAGGUUUGUUCGGGCGAAGAAUCACCGGAGAUGGAAACAGAAUACGCAAUAACCCUUCUUGACAACCUCACUCUCCGGCCAGAUUCCUCCCCCGAAACCUCACCGGAACUCGACCGUUUCAUGGGAGCGUAUUGUACGAUUCUACGGGAGCUGAAGGAAGCCAUGGAGAAGCAGCUCCGAGAAACGGAACGUUUCGUUGAUUCCAUGUACUCUCAGCUAAACGACUCUUCCCCCUAGCAAACCUAAACACCCGUCUGUAACAGGCAAUCCGUUGAAAUUACGCCUGUGCCCUCCAUUCUCGCGACCUCACAGCGUUUCCCGAAACGCGAAGGAAAACGCACGAACGAUUUGUAACGUGAAUGUGUCCGAAAUUACAAGUGUUUGCAUUUA